AUGUCACUAAGAAAUAUAUCGAUGAUCACAAAAAAUUUACAAACAACUGCAAAGUGUUUUGUUCCAAAAAGCUCACCUACAUCAACAACUAUUCCAGUUAUAAGGGAUGCUAGUACUACUCAAAGUCGCAGAAUAACAACCGUCGUCAAUAUUACAAGUCUGAAAGGAUAUUCUCCAGUUUCAAAAACAGUUCAUGACAAGCCAAUUGUUAUUUGUACUGAUAACGAAGAGGUAGAGACUGUAUCGGAACACGUAAAGGUCUGA